AUGCGUUCCGACACUUGUUUUUCUGUUCUGAUUGCAGAUGUUGUCAUUUCUCAGUCAGCAGACAGACAGUUAAGUCUACAAACUGGAGCAUCUGUUACCAUCCCAUGUCCUUAUGAUAGGAAAUAUUUACAUCAUAAGAAAUACUGGUGCUAUCAUUAUAAUUCACUCUACACUUCCUGCACAAUUCAGGCGUAUGCCAACGAUACACAGGGGAAAGUGACAGUGACUGAUAAUCCAGCUGAGAGUCUCUUUACUGUGACUAUGAAAGAUCUUCAGACAGGAAACACUGGAUCAUACUGGUGUGCUGUAGAGAUAGAAGGACCUGCACAUGAUGUUACAGAAUACCUUUAUAUCACAGUGAAAGCAGAUCCUGAUCUGUCUGUGAGGGAGAGCAGUGUGAGUGGUGAUGAAGGAGGCAGCGUCACAGUUCAGUGUCUCUACAGCGCUGCGUAUCAGAAAACACAGAAGAAGUGGUGCAGAUUCAGAGACAGACACUGCAACUCAGUGACGAGGCCUGACACAUCCCAGAAUUCAGCAAUAAUCAUCAGUGAUGAUGGGAAAAGUUCAUUAAAUGUACAGAUAAAUGGACUGAAGAAGACUUUUGUUGGCUGGUACUGGUGCAGUGCAGGAGAUCUGGAAGUUCCUUUUCACAUCAGUGUCCGUGAUCCACCUCCAGCAGCAUCUGACACUGCGGUGUUUAGCAGCGAUGAAACCAUUAAAUUAUUAUUAUUAUUAUUAUUAUUAUUAUUAUUAUUAUUAUUAUUAUUAUUAAUUGUGUCUCCAGAUGUUGUUGAAGGUGAAGACAUCUACUGCAACACAGUUUGGCAGUAA